AAAAGAUUAUAUACCGAGAAUCAAAGGGAGCGACUUUAAUCCUUCACAUCAUCCGUUGGCUUGCAUUUUCCCACAGCAUCUCAUCAAUUCUUCUCAGAACAACUGAAAAUGGAGUCCGAAACUCUCCCAUUCAAGAUUAUUUUGGGCUCCAAAUCUAAAGCACGCAGGGAAAUAAUGGCGGAGAUGGGCUAUGAAUUCACAAUCUUGACUGCAGAUAUAGAUGAAAAAGCCAUACGGAAAGAGAAACCAGAAGAUUUAGUCAUGGCCCUUGCAGAGGCAAAGGCUGAUGCUAUCAUCUCCAAGCUUCAAAUAGCUGAUAAACAAGUGAACGAUACUGAACCAACACUGCUCAUUGCAGCCGACACUGAAGAAGCCAUAUUACCCAAGCCUUCAAACGAUGAUCACAGAAUUGAUGCUGGACCCACUAUCUUAAUUACAGGCGACCAAGUGGUUGUUUAUGAAGGAAUGAUUAGGGAAAAGCCAUCUAAUGAGGAGGAAGCAAGACAAUAUAUAAAAGAUUAUUCAGGUAGGAAAGCGUCAACUGUCAGCUCUGUUCUGGUAACAAACCUUCAGACAGGAUUCAGGAAAGGGGAAUGGGACAAAGUCGAGAUUCUAUUUGAUGACAUUUCAGAUGAAAUUAUUGACAAACUUAUAGAAGAGGGUGCAGUGCUGAACGUUGCUGGUGGAUUGAUAAUUGAACAUCCACUCGUAUUACCGUUGGUUAAGGAAGUGGUUGGAACGACUGAUAGUGUGAUGGGCCUUCCAAAAGCCGUCACAGAGAGACUGAUACGAGAGGCUCUAUAGGUUAGUUCCACUUCAACAGACAUGAACUGUGGUAUUAUGGCCCUUUUCCUUUGUCGGGGCUCAUCGAAGAGGGUGUUUUGCAAUCACAAAUGAAGAUGAGAAUUAUAUGACUUUUAAUUAAAAUCUACAUUUAGAUGUACAAUUCCUUUAAACAAACUCUACCAUUUUUAUAAGUUUGUUAACAUUGCUAUUUUAAUAUUUUUUUUUAUUUUGCAAUAUUUUUAUUUUAACAUACACACUACUUUUUGUAAUUCUUGUCCAUGUAUUUUAUUGUAUUUUCACUUUCUUUAGAUUAUAUCUACACAACUUAAAUAACUCCACCAUUUUCUAUAAUAAAUUGAUAGAGAUUGAGGGAUCGAAAACAUCAUAGCGGAGGCAAGAGAAGUCAAACAAGAUCUAAAAGAACGUAGAAGGAACAAAUAAAAAAUGACUUGUAUGAGCUAAACUUCUCUAAAGACCUGACC